AUGGAACAUUCCAAACUGUAUUAUUCCGAAUCCCUUCUAAGUUCCUAUUUUGACUCGGGUGAUUCCUUGCCUCAAGAUACGGCAAUGAAAAAUUCUUCAAAUGCUCAACAAGGAGAAGCACAUUCUUCUCACUUGCCCAGUUUCCACUUGGAGCCUCCAACACUGACCCUGGCAUCCAUUCCAUCACCGGCUUCUCCUCUUUUAGGAGUCAAUUCAUCGCGUUCUUCUAUUCACUCGGCUGCAUCAAGUUACAAUUCCCUUUACUCAUCGCUGCAGCUUUCUGAUGAUGCAGAUUUGCAGAGCAUCCAAUUGCCCCAUUCAAUCCAUAAAACAUCCAAAAGUCUGAAGCUUGACCGUCUUCGGCAUCUUUUCAAAGGUGGCCCGCAAGAGUUGGCAGAGAAUGACGAGAAUGCAACGUUCAUGAAGUAUGUGUACUCCAAACUCGAAAACGAGUACUUUGCAGUCCAUGCUGGGUCUGUUUUGAAUGUGCUGUGGCCAGAAGUCGCCGAAAUAUUCCUAUUUGGUGAUACGAUCACUGCACUUUUCCCAUCAAAUAUGCAGCUACUAUCCUUCCUUCUCAACUCCUCGUAUGAGUUGGGAGAAGAGCGAUUCUCAAACCUUGCGCUUUUCCACAACGAAGACGUUCAUGAUCUGUUUGCCCUUUUAAAAAGUUUGUUGCCUCAUUUGGAUUCUUUCAACAGUGUUCUUGAUCUCUAUGCGGAGUCUGGAUCGAAUAUUCAACUGCCCCGUUUGUUUGAACUCUUUUCACGCUAUGCCAAUUCAGCUGAGGGACUUUGCCUUCCCCUAGCGAUAUCCAUGUUCGGUAAUUGGCUUCUUGAUUACAAUCGUGAUACAGCUGUGGAAAGUAAUUAUGAAAACUCUUUGAUCCUUAAUUAUUUUCGCAAAGCAGCUCGAACUGCCCUCGUGCUCAGAAGGCUUGUCCCAUGGUUUGAGUCUGCUGUGAGUAAGUUUCCUUCCCAAGAUCAGAUUUCACUCAAUCGCUAUUUGAAAAGAGACACAGAGAACGCCUUGUCUUUGGCGUUGUAUAGUUUAGGGCAAUACCAUCAGUUUAUGCACCAAUAUACUGUGGCAGUUAGUUUGUGGGAAAUUAAUUGUCAUUUAACCCUGGAUUUAGAAAGUGGAAAUUUAGCAAUUUUGGGUUUAACUGAUGGUUUCGGGUUCGGUAACCGUAUAAAGGAGCGAAACAAGUUAGGUAAGAGGUCAAAGACUAACAAAUUCAACACUAAGCGGAGGAUUGCACACUUGUAUCGGAUAUUGAUGAAACGUCCUGACUUCCAUGAAUACGGUGCCUCCUGGGCGACAAAAGAUAAAUACGAUUAA